AUGAGGGAUUUAGAAUGUUCCAACAAGGUGUUCCUUGAACUACUAUUCAUUUUACUGUUGAGCGCUGCUGAUCCAAUCCCUAGAAAAGUAUUGUUUUCCUAUACAAAAUACUCAGGAAUCCAGUUAAGACCUGAUGGAAGAGAAUAUGGAUUUAUUAGUCCUACGAAAAACAACAUCAAAAAUAUAUUUGUGAAAUGUUUUUCAUGUAAGGAAGCACGUCAAGUGACAUUCGAAGAGGAAAGAGACGUAAUCGGCUGGUCAUGGACGGGUGUUCCAAAUGUAAUACUCUUUGCUCAAGAUAGACAUGGCGAUGAAAAUAUAAUGUUAUUUAAGAAAAAUAUAUCUGAGGAGGCUAUAGCCCAAAAUCCGCAGAAGAGUACCGUAAUAUCAAACAAACCCCAAGUCACUGCUCAUGUCAUUCGCAACGAUCUUAGGAGCGCGCGCAUAAUAGUUGGUAUUAAUGAUGAUAAUAAAGUGUAUUUCAACGCCUAUAUGUACGACCUGUUGACUGACUCGAUGACACUAAUUAUAAAAAACGAUAGAUUCGGAAGAUUUGUCUUUGACCACGACAUGAACGUUCGUCUUGUCAUACAAGAGCAACCGGACGGUUCAGCUAUGUAUCUCAGGCGGUCACAAACAGCAAAGAAUGAGUUACCAUAUACAUCAAAUGCAUCAGAGUGGGAGCCAUAUCUCGUCGUCAAAUCGGAAGAUAAAAUGGUUACUCGGCCUAUAACAUUCGAUAAGAGCAAUGAGCAUAUGUAUUGGUUCUGGGGAGACGAGAAUAAUGACCUCGGCAAUCUUGUUACGUUUAAAUUUGACGAUCCUGAACACCGAGAGGUUUUGUACACUGCAGCUAGAGCGGAAAUAGAUGAUAUCGUAAUUCAUUCUACGGACAAGACAGUGCUUGCACUUAUAGAGACAUAUCACCAGCCAGAACUAUUCGCAGUGAAUGGCAGAUUUGUAGAGCACUUUCAAUACUUAGUAAACUUCCGACCAUAUGACUCCUUGCUAAUCAUGGAAUUUAGUAACGAUAUGUCAACCUGGUUAUUAACAUAUGAGUCAGCUGACCAGCCAUAUGAUGUUUACUUGUACAGGGUUGAGCAGAAAUCUGUGGAGUUUCUUUUCAACCUGCGUCCCCAACUCAAGCAGUACAAGCUGAGCAGACAAGUGGGGUUUGACUUCAAAGCAAGAGAUGGCGUGGUUCUUCAAGCCUACCUUAGCCUACCACCUGAGGUUUCACUGCUUUCGGCGAAAGACGUGCCAAAAGCUGAUCGAGCCUAUGCUGAACUUGGGAUGAUCCCUAUAAAACCUCAAAAGAUGGUUGUACGUGUACAUGGAGGACCCAGAGCCAGAGACUAUUUUGGUUUUGAUCCUGUCAAUGCGUGGCUGACGAGUAGGGGCUAUGCAGUGCUUCAAGUGAAUUUCCGUGGAAGCACUGGCUUCGGUAGGCGCUUGAUGAACGCCGGUAACGGUGAAUGGAGUAGAAAGAUGCACUUCGACAUUCUUGAUGGCGUUGAGUUUGCCAUCGCAAAGCGAAUAGCAGAGAGGUCGCAGAUUGCAAUCAUGGGGGGUAGCUAUGGUGGUUAUGAGACCUUAGUGGCUCUCACUUUUUCCCCAGAAGUGUUUUCUUGCGGGGUGGAUAUCGUUGGGCCUUCAAAUCUCAUAACAUUAAUCAAAACUGUGCCUCCAUACUGGAAGAGUUUCUACCAAGAUUUGAUACAAAUGGUUGGAGGAGAUCCUGAAACGGAGGAAGGACGACGAGCACUUAGAGAGCGAUCUCCACUUUUUUUUGCUGAUCGAGUUACAAAACCAUUAAUGAUUUUACAAGGUGCCAAUGACCCUAGAGUAAAACAGCAAGAAUCAGAUCAAUUUGUAGAAGCGCUGCAAAACAGAUCCAUUCCUGUAUCUUAUAUUCUUUACCCAGAUGAAGGACAUGGUUUCAGAAAGGAAGGAAAUCGUUUGACCGCGUACGGCUUUGAAGAACAGUUCUUACAUACAUGCUUGGGAGGAAAAUACGAACCCUUUCAAUUAGGGGAUUAUAAUACUACGGCCAUAGUAAAUGCGUGGGCCCAGAGCGGCUCUCCUCGUGGCUUAUCUUGGAUCGCCAUUACUCCGUCUCUAUCAAGUACUCCGCCAUCCAGCGAACCGAAUGAGGCCUUAGAAAGUACUCCUUCAACAAAGCCAUCAAAGAAAUCAUUCCUCAUGUCGUUUAUACACUUCUUAUUGCACAUUCAAUAAACAUG